AAUGCGUCAUGUAAACAUCUUUCCUCCGCACUGAACAAUUAAGAGCAGUCUUAUAAACAGCUAUUUUGAUAAAGAACAGCGUGGUAAAAAGUUGUGAUAAGAAGAUGUCUAUAAAAUACGUGUGUUUAUUCGUCUUAGUUCUACAGACGGUAUCGAAUGUGUUGCUGGUACGGCGUGCUAGACACCUGAGUAUCUCAAUACCAGUUCUUGUUCUUUGCCAGGAAUUCCUGAAACUAUUCACCUGCAUCAUUAUCGUCCUUUACAAUGAGGGAUUGGAACAGUUGAAACGUCACGUGAUAAAAGACUGGUUUACUACACUAAAGGUGGGGGUCCCUGCACUGUUGUACGUGAUACAGAAUCAGCUGCUCUUCACAUCACUCGCUAAUCUGGACCCUGCUACUUACCAGAUAACAUACCAACUAAAGAUACUAACAACAGCAGUAUUUUCAAUAGUUUUACUUAACAGAAGUAUCAGUAAAACUCAGUGGUUUUCUCUACUCGUCCUAACAUGUGGAGUUAUUCUUGUACAGUGGAAAGACAGCACCCCACGUGACACAGACAGUCUCUCAGACUCUAACAGGGUAACCGGACUUUUGUGUAUCUUGUUCGCGUGUCUUACCUCUGGCUUUGCGGGGGUCUUCUUCGAGAUGAUGUUGAAGAACACCGGGGGUCAAAGUAUCUGGAUCAGGAACACUCAACUCGCUCUGUGCAGUUGUGUAGUUGCUUUUACUAACUUGUUGCUAACUGAACAGACGUUCAUUGCUACUAACGGGCUUUUCCACGACUUUCAACCUGUUGUGUAUGCGAUUAUAUUAUCUCAGGCAUACGGAGGAUUAUUGAUUGGGAUGGUCGUGAAGUAUGCAGACAACAUCCUGAAAGUGUUUGCAACCAGCAUUUCUAUCAUUCUUUCAUCUCUCAUCGGGAUUUUCUACUUCAAGGAGUUAACGUUCACUGCGAGUUUUGGACUUGGUUUGGCAUUAGUGGUUACUUCUACAGUCCUCUACUCUACGUCUCCAGCGAAAAAGAAGGCUGAAUAAACUUAAACAUCGAUUAACGACUUUUAAUACGGGCUUAUGGAAAAUGUUGCACCGUAUUUACCUAAAACUUGCUAUGAUGUGUAUGCUUGUCGUAGAAUCAAUUCGAUAAAUUCUGUGGGUUAUUGUUUGUAAUUAUUUGGGCAGGAAAAAGUAUUUAAGAAUUGUUACGAUUCGUCUGUAUUUAAUUUCGUUUUUUGUGGUUUAUCAAACGAUUUAGGAUAAAUAUGACUAUUCAUGGAUUUGUACUAUGUAAUGAUGUAUUUAUUUUAUGACGAUUUCUUGAUUUCUUUUAUCAAUUUUAUGGCAA